UUGAGGAAAAUCCCUGAAGACGCCUAGAGUACGGGCUCUGAGAGAGUCCUUCCACCCUGGACGGGGCUGUUGGUCGCGAGGGAAGCGGGCCGAGCGCCUCCGGCCCAAACUACAGUUCCCAGGGGGCUUUGCGCGGCGGGCGGUCACGUGACGCGAGCGCGGGCUUCUGAAGGCGGCGGAGCGGGAGGAGAGCGGCAACCUCUCUGAGAGCGGGGUCCCGGGCAGCGCCGGACCCAGGGCCUGCUGCUGAGUUUCUCGCGCCCAGAGGCCAGACCUGUCUCAGACACCGGGAGUCCCAGAAGAACGUCUCAGGCAGAAAGUGGGACAGGUUGAAGAAGCCCCUCGCGACAGCCACUCCACACCUCCCUGCUGGUGGCUGGAAUCCCUUCAGGUAGCCCCUCCGCUGCGAUGGGGAUCCAGGGCCUGGCCAAGCUGAUCGCCGACGUGGCGCCCGGCGCCAUCCGGGAGAACGACAUCAAGAGCUACUUUGGCCGCAAGGUGGCCAUCGACGCCUCCAUGAGCAUCUACCAGUUCCUGAUCGCCGUGCGCCAGGGCGGGGACGUGCUGCAGAACGAGGAGGGCGAGACCACCAGCCACCUGGUGGGCAUGUUCUACCGCACCAUCCGCAUGAUGGAGAACGGCAUCAAGCCCGUGUACGUGUUCGACGGCAAGCCGCCGCAGCUCAAGUCGGGCGAGCUGGCCAAGCGCAGCGAGCGGCGGGCCGAGGCCGAGCGGCAGCUGCAGCAGGCGCAGGCGGCCGGCGCCGAGGACGAGGUGGAGAAGUUCACCAAGCGGCUGGUGAAGGUCACCCCGCAGCACAGCGACGAGUGCAAGCACCUUCUGCGCCUCAUGGGCGUGCCCUACCUGGACGCGCCCAGCGAGGCCGAGGCCAGCUGCGCCGCCCUGGUGAAGGCCGGCAAGGUCUACGCCGCUGCCACGGAGGACAUGGACUGCCUGACCUUCGGCAGCCCCGUGCUCAUGCGCCACCUGACGGCCAGCGAGGCCAAGAAGCUGCCCAUCCAGGAGUUCCACCUGGGCCGCGUCCUGCAGGAGCUGGGCCUGACGCAGGCGCAGUUCGUCGACCUCUGCAUCCUGCUGGGCAGCGACUACUGCGAGAGCAUCCGCGGCAUCGGGCCCAAGCGGGCCGUGGACCUCAUCCAGAAGCACAAGAGCAUCGAGGAGAUCGUGCGGCGCCUGGACCCCGCCAAGUACCCGGUGCCCGAGAACUGGCUGCACAAGGAGGCGCAGCAGCUCUUCCUGGAGCCCGAGGUGCUGGACCCCGCCGCCGUGGAGCUGAAGUGGGGCGAGCCCGACGAGGAGGCGCUGGUGCGCUUCAUGUGCGGCGAGAAGCAGUUCUCGGAGGAGCGCAUCCGCAGCGGCGUGCGGCGCCUGAGCAAGAGCCGCCAGGGCAGCACCCAGGGCCGCCUGGACGACUUCUUCAAGGUGACCGGCUCGCUGUCCUCCGCCAAGCGCAAGGAGCCGGAGCCCAAGGGGCCCGCCAAGAAGAAGGCAAAGACCGGGGCGGCCGGCAAGGGCCGACGGGGGAAAUAAACGGGGUUUUCCCUGGGGAUGUCCCUACGGCGCCUUCGAGGGCUAGCGGCGGGGAGUCGGCCAGGGGCCGGGCGGGGCGUCAGCCCAAGUCUCCCCUGCGCUUUCUCUCCGCUUGUUUUUUUUUUUGUUUUUUUUUCCUUUGGCUUUUUGGGUCACACCCGGCGGUGCUCAGGGAUUACUCCUGGCUCUGCACUCAGGAAGUUCUCCUGGCAGUGCUCAGGGGACCACAUGGGAUGGCGGAGAUCAAACCCGGGUUGGUGGCGUGCAAGGCAAAUGUCCUACCUGCUGUCCUAUCCCUCCAGCCCCUUCCCCGCUUUUUAUUCAGUCUCGUGACCAUAAGGCUACAGAAGUACUUUGUUUUCUUCUUUUUUUUUUUUUUUGUGCUAGUUGUUGUUAUUUUAGCUCAGGAUUGAAGCUCAGGCCCAAAUGGCCUCGCCAGCCAUUUAGUGGACACUGAAGCUGUUGUUACAUGAGUGUGAUAGCGCCAGGUUCCUAGCGGGGAGAAGGAGACAGGACGACUCCCUGGCUGCCCAGGAGGGUGUCAGGGUGGGGGGACACGCUGCCCUCUGCUCGAGCCCCGCGCUGGACGGUAGCCAAAGAAGGGCUGCUGGGGGCAGAGGCGGGGAAGGCUGGGGGCCUAGCUAGCGUCCACUGCCGGCGCUUGGCGAUUCGCUUGGGCAGAAACUGGAAUUUGAGUCUUUAGAGUGUGUGUGUUUUUUUUUUUAAAUCAUGAGGGCUGCAGCGGGUAGGGCGCUUGGUAGGGCGCUUGCCUUGCACAGGACCUGGGUUCGAUCCCUGACAUCCCAUGCAAAAUGUCCCCAAACAAAAUGAAAGUGUUAUUUUUCAGAGGUGUUAGGUGACAAAAGUGUUCUCUGGGAGUUGGGUCAGCAGAGUGGAGACAUCGGGGGUGGGGAGGGGACACGUUUUGGUCACGUGCUUUUCUUGGUUUUGAGAUAAUGAGAA